AUGGUGGUGCGGGACUGGGGGAUGGCGAGAGCCGAGGAGGAAACGGCGAAUGAGGCGAGGCUGUGGGGUUGCGACUUGCGACUGAGGCGAAGCCUCACGGUGGUCAUGUUGCCAGUCCCCUCCCAGAGCCACCUCAACCAGCUCCUCCACCUGGCCGUCCUCAUCUUCUCCGCCACCACCCUCCCCGUCCACUUCCUCGGCUCCGCCACCCACAACCGCCAGGUCAAACUCCGACACUACCCUAACCCUAAUCCUAACCAUAUCCAUUUCCACGACUUCCCCACUCCCCCCAUCCCCACACCCGACCCAGACCCGAGCCCGAACAAAACCCCCAACCACCUUGGCCUGUCCAUGGCGGCCUACACGGCCCUCCGCCACCCUAUCGCCACCCUUAUCCAAAAAAUGUCGACCGAAACCAAAAAAAAAGUCCUUAUUUACAACCGCCUCAUUGCAAAGGCCGUCGAGGACUCGGUCUCGAUUCCCAACGUCGAGUCGUAUGCUUUCAAUUGUCUUUUGGCGUUUAACCUCUUUCACAUCCUUCGGGAGUACUCCUUGACCACCAAACCCUUCCCGCUAAAAGUCGACGAAAACCUCUCAUUUUCGGUUCGCGAUUUCUACCCGCUCGAGUUCAUAAACUACAUCGUGUCGAGGCCCGAGCAUUUCAAAAACCGAGCCAGGGACAUACACAACACGUCCCGGCUCGUCGGGGGCGAAAACGUCGACCUCCUCGCUCGGGAGGAAAUAAUCGGCGGGGAAAGUCAACAAUGGGCCAUAUGCCCGAUGCUCGGCUCGAAAAAGGUCGCCGAUUGUGACGAAUCGGGAGCACGAGCACGACGACGACACACAUGCCUCGACUGGCUCGACGGGCAGGCGCGCGGGUCCGUUUUGUACGUCUCAUUCGGGACGACAAUUUCCCUGUCGGGAGAGGAGGCUCGGGAGAUCGCCCUCGGGCUCGAGUCGUACGGGUUUAGGAAGAUUAUCGAGUUACCCGAGGGGUUCGAGGAGAGGGUGAAGGGGGCCGGAAUCAGGCUUGUGGUGAGGGAUUGGGCCCCGCAGGUGGAGAUAUUGGCCCACGAGGCCACCGGAGGGUUUCUCACGCACUGCGGGUGGAAUUCGUGUUUCGAGAGCCUUAUGACGGGCGUGCCAGUGUUGGCGUGGCCCAUGCAUACGGACCAGUCGAUCAACGCGAUUUUCAUGACUAAGGUUCUGAAAACGGGACUGGUCGCCAGGGAUUGGGAAAAACGAGAGGAGUUGGUGAGGGCGCGGGUUGUUAAAGAUGCGGUCGGGAGGUUGAUGGCGGCGGGGGAAGAAGGAGAUGAUAUUAGGAGACGGGCGGCGGAGAUAGGUGUCGCCAUCCAGAAGGCGGCGGCGAGUGUCGUCGGGAGUUGGAGAGGUUCAUUGAGCAUAUUAGUAAGGUAG